UGAUCGAUUGUGCUGAAGGAACUGUUCGCCAGUUCGAGCAGCAGCCGCGCAGGGUAAAUCAACAGAACCUUCGAAUCGGCAGGGUGAACAAAAUCUUCGUGACUCAUAUGCAUGCCGACCACGUAAUGGGUAUAAUCACGCUCUUGCGCAAUGUUUUGUUUCCUCCGCGAAUUCCGCUUCCAGACCCGAGCACAAUCAGGGCAGCGCCACCUUUUGAACUUUACGGUCCUGCGGGGCUGCGCCAGUUUGUGAGAACCAUCUUCAACUUGACUUGCACCAGAACUUCGGAGCGUUUUGUUGUGCACGAACUUCUUACCCCAAAGGACGACCUGACGCCAUGUAAUACGGAAGUCUUACAUCCAAAUGAGUGCAUCGGAGAAGACAUUGUUUGCUCCGAAGAUGGCAUUUGGCACGAAUUCUACUCUCAAAGAGGGUCUAUGAGCAGCAUCGUCGUAGAUGCUGGGCCCAUUUCGCAUAGAGAUCCAUGCCUCGGAUACGUGUUUCGAGAGGCCGAAGGCUCACGACGGAAAGUGGUCGUCCUCGGUGAUACCUACGAUGCGUCAGCAAUUAUACCUCUUGCGAAAUCACCGAACCUUCUGGUUCAUGAGGCGACCGACGCGUAUAUUCCUCGAGAUGUAGAUCCUUCGGUGAAACGGAAGAAGGAAGUGGUCGAAGAGAAGAUCUUAGCAAGGGGACAUUCUACUCCUGUGAUUGCCGGGCAGUUCGCCAAGGAAGUUGAGGCUGAGCAAUUAGUACUUAACCACAUUGGGAGCAGACAUCCUGCUCCUCAUUUUCCUUAUCGUCGAGGCGAUGUGAGGCUAGCUGUGAUGAAUGAGUUUGAGAGACAAGCGAGCGAGGCAUGGGGCAUGGGGAAGGCAAAGGUUGCGUACGAUUACAUGCGGAUCACGAUCCCGGUGCCCAAAUAGGUUCAGUGACGAGCCGAGAAGUCGAUGUUAAUGUAUCAGCCCGCGCCCACUGGACGGACCACAAAUGCAGUAAACG